GAAAAAAGAAAGAAGCGGCAAAACCAUCUUCAUCCUUCUAUUCAAUCGUCUUCUUCUUCUCUGUGUGUCCAUCUUACUGCUGAAUUUGGCAGCUAUGGGAGAAGAUUCUUGCUCCACUCAGUUGAUCGACGGCGAUGGAAAUUUUAAUCGGUCUGGCCUCGAUAACUUCAUGAAGACUGCAAAGCUUGGGGAUUGCGGUUUGUCAUACGCAAUUGUAGCCAUCAUGGGUCCACAGAGUAGUGGGAAAAGCACAUUACUUAAUCAUCUCUUCUACACCAAUUUUAGGGAGAUGGAUGCUCUCAGUGGGAGGAAUCAAACAACCAAGGGGAUAUGGAUAGCAAAAGCUCUUGGUAUCGAGCCUUCCACAGUUGUCAUGGAUUUGGAGGGUACUGAUGGCAGGGAAAGAGGGGAGGACGAUACUGCAUUUGAGAAACAGAGUGCCUUAUUUGCUUUGGCGGUUUCAGAUAUUGUUCUAAUAAACAUGUGGUGCCAUGAUAUUGGAAGGGAGCAAGCUGCAAACAAGCCAUUGUUGAAAACAGUAUUUCAGGCUAUGAUGAGAUUAUUCAGUCCACGCAAAACAACCCUUCUAUUUGUAGUUCGGGAUAAAACAAAGACUCCGCUUGAGUACCUGGAACCAGUUCUGAGGGAAGAUAUACAGAAGAUUUGGGAUACAAUAUCAAAGCCUCAAGCUCACAAGGACACACCUCUUAGUGAUUUUUUCAAUGUAGAAGUCACUGCAUUGUCAAGCUACGAGGAGAAGGAGGAACAGUUCAAAGAGCAGGUAGCUCAAUUAAGGCAGCACUUUUUCCAUUCGAUUGCGCCUCGAGGACUUGCAGGUGAUCGGCGAGGUGCUGUGCCUGCUUCAGGUUUUCCCUUCAGUGCACAACAAAUCUGGAAAGUGAUAAAAGAAAAUAAGGAUCUAGAUCUCCCUGCUCAUAAGGUCAUGGUUGCAACUGUCCGUUGUGAGGAGAUUGCUGAUGAAAAACUGAGCCAUUUGACUACUGAUGAGGGUUGGCUGGCAUUGGAACAAAAUGUUCAAGCUGGAAUAGUGGCAGGUUUUGGAAAGAAGAUCAGUUCUAUCUUGGAGACCUAUCUUUCUGAAUAUGAUAGGGAGGCCUUCUUUUUUGACGAACGGGUGAGAAAUGCUAAGCGGGAAGAACUAGAAUCAAAAGCAUUACAGUUAGUACAUCCUACUUAUAUCACCUUGUUGGGGCAUUUUCGUGCUAAAGCUCUUGAAAGUUUUAAAAUUGGCCUUGAACAAGUACUGCAUAGAGGUGUGGGAUUUGCUGCAGCCAUCCGCAACUGCAGUCAAGAUUGUAUUCUUGAGUUUGACCAGAAUUCUGCAGAUGCACUAGUACGUCAAGCCAACUGGGAUGCCAAAAAAGUCCGUGAAAAGCUUCAACGUGAUAUUGAGGCCCAUGCAUCAUCUGUUCGUGGUGAAAAAAUAGCUGAAAUUGUUACAAGCUUUGAGAAACAACUUGAUAAAGCUUUAAUUGCCCCCGUGGAAUCCCUUUUGGAGUCUGGUGGUAAAGAAACGUGGACUACAAUAAGGAAGCUUCUAAGACGAGAAACUGAAGCUGCAGUGUCAGAUUUUUUAUCUACUGUUACUGGAUUUGAAUUAGAAGAAGCAACAGCUAAUAAAAUAGUGCAAAGUUUGAGAGAAUAUGCAAGAAGAUUGGUGGAGAAAAAAGCUAGGGAGAAAGCCGGGAAAGUUCUUAUUCUUAUGAAAGACAGGUUUUCUAUGGUUUUCAACCAUGAUAAUGAUUCAAUGCCAAGAGCUUGGACUGGACAAGAAGAUAUCAGAACAAUCACAAUGGAUGCUCGCAUAGCGUCACUUAAGCUGUUAUCCGUGAUGGCUGCAAUUCGUUUGGAUGAAAAACCGGAUAAGAUAGAGAAUAUACUGUCCUCAUCUCUUAUGGAUGGAGCAGUUAUUACUGUUUCUUCUCAAAGUAGUAGAAACAUUGGUGGUGAAUCUACAGAUCCUCUUGCCUCAAGCUCUUGGGAGGAGGUUAACCUAGAAAACACACUGAUUACUCCAGUUCAAUGCAAAUCUUUGUGGAGGCAGUUUAAGACUGAGACAGAGUAUAUGGUAACUCAGGCUAUUUCUGCACAGGAGGCAAAUAAGAGGAACAACAACUGGUUACCUCCCCCAUGGGCUAUUUUUGCUAUUGCAAUCCUCGGAUUUAACGAAUUCAUGAUUCUUUUGAGGAAUCCUUUAUACUUGAUGGCUUUAUUUGUUGCAUAUUUGUUGUCCAAGGCCUUGUGGGUAGAAAUGGACAUUGCAGGAGAUUUUCGCCAUGGUGCUCUAGCUGGGAUUCUUUCCAUCUCGGCCAGAUUCCUUCCUAGCGUAAUGAACCUUCUAAGGAAGUUAGCCGAAGCUGCUCAAGGCCAUCAAACAAAUAAUAGGCCGCAUCCACCACUUAACUCACAUAGCUUCAGAAAUCAAACACCUCAGACAAACAUACUUUCAAGUUCAAUUCACGAGGAGUCUUCUUCGAAUAUUACAACAACCGAAAGUGGACCAGAUACUUAAGCCCCAACAUUUUGGGUAAAGAAGCAAUCAACUAUAGUUCCGAACAAUUGUGACUGUGAGGAGUCAAAAAAGCACAGAAUGUACAUUUUAUUUUCUGAAAAUGAAGACUCAAAUACACAAGGUUCUGUAUCAGUUUUUCUUAGAAUAUACAUAAAUAAACAAAUGUUGUAAAAUAAUUUCAUUCUAGACAAGCCAAAUGAAUGGUUAAUAUUUAAUAACAUCUCUUACAUGAACAAU